UGGAGACCUAAGCUUGUCUCAAAUUCACGCGUUCUACUUCCUUCUCACUUUCUCUUACUCUUUUUCAUAACGAAAAGUCCGAAAGACCCUGGAGCACCUUCCAAUUUACGAAAUUAGUAAUCACUGAAAUCAGUGGAGAGAGUGUAAAAAAAAAUCCCUUACCUUACCCCCUUUCUCUCGUCCGAUCGAUCUCGCAGCGUCUAAGACAAGGAACUUGAGAAAGUAGUGCUCCAAAGGCAGCUGGUUCCUGUUAACCGGAAAUUUGACGCCAUGUCUCCGGGAGAAACGGUCUCCCGGUCACCUCUAGACAAGCCUCUGAACCAGCUUACUGAGGAUGACAUUUCUCAGGUCACUCGCGAAGAUUGCCGCCGUUACCUCAAAGAAAAAGGGAUGCGGAGACCGUCUUGGAACAAAUCGCAGGCGAUUCAGCAGGUGAUCUCGUUGAAAACUCUUCUAGAAACGACGUCUGAUUCCGACGCCGUUGAAGCUCGGAAGAAACUUUACCCUCCCUGCCCGGAAUAUCCGCCUCGCGUCGUUUCUGAUUCAAACGUUCUACCGAGGGAAAUGACACCGAAUAACGGGAUAUUGGUUCCAGUUUCCGAAUCCGUUCCUUGCCCCCAUUCAAAUCCCUCGAAAUCCGAUUUUUCCGGCGACAAUUCUGGCCGAACGGUCAUCUCCGGAAAUGAUUCUGUUUCUCCAAGAAUUGCAGGUGCAGCAAAAGAGCCAGCAGGACAGAUGACAAUCUUUUACUGUGGGAAAGUGAAUGUCUAUGAUGAUAUGCCUGGUUGUAAGGCUGAAGCAAUCAUGCAGCUUGCUGCAAGCCCAGUCUCAUUUCCUCACGAAAUUCUAGCUGAUCAAAGGUCCACACCAUGGUCCAUUCCAUGCCAUUCACAGGCUGCAAGUGUCAAAACAAUCCCAUGUUCACAAAUGGUUAUAUUGCCACCUCAGCAAACAGAAAACUGUCAAUUUCCUCGAGAAGAGAGCAAUGCAUCUCUUGAAGACAGCCUUGAAGGACCUACUAGCAGAAAAGCAUUGGUGCAAAGAUAUCUUGAGAAGAAGAAAGACAGGUUUAAGAACAAGAGAAAGUUGGCAAUGUCUUCAUCUCCGACCUUAGACAUCUACUUAAAUCAAGUGGGAGAUCAGUUUUCAAAUGAGCAGUUGAAACAAAGUGAACCAUAUUAUUCUCCCCAAGCAGAAGUGCACCGCAUGCCUCUUGAGUGCAGCUCCAUUGAAAAUGUUGCAAAGAUUCCCCGCCUUACUACUGAUGGAAAAGAUGCAUUCAAGAUAUGACCAUGAAUGGAGCCCUAACCAUGUGGACACGGCGUAGUGUUCCUCCAUCUAAGGCUUUGUAAUAUAAUAUUUAACAUGUUAUAUCCUUUGCGGCCAUUAUUAGCAACUAGCUAAAUGAGGAAUCUAGUUUAGUGUUGCUGAUCUAUAUUUUCCUUUGUACUGUUUUUCAUUUAAGCUAAAUGAUAAUUUGGCAACUGAAAGAAAUAAGAGCCAUAUGUUAUCCCAUGGUCAUUUUAAGCA